AUGAAACCAAACGGCUUCUCGCUCUCGAUGAACGCCAAAGUUGAACCAGACUUGGGCAACAUAAUCCAGUGGCUUGGUGGAAAUCGCCCUGACAUCGAGUUCGCCAUGUAUUUCGACAGGAAACUCUUCGAAGAGGCGAACACCUUCCAAGAAGCUCAACAGUUCAUCUAUAAAGUUCCCCUGCUAUCUGGAGCGUACUUCAUCUUAGGAGGCAAUAAACCAGGUGAAGGUUCCGUCAUCGUUCGGAACACCACAGGUGUCCAAUUCGAACGCAAACUUUUUGAUGGAGACAACGAUUGGUUUGUUUUGCAGACCAACUACGACCCCGAUAAG